UUUGGGUGGUUAUUUUUCUGCUGUGUAUGCAUUAAAGUAUCCUGAUCGCGUGGAGCGUUUAAUACUAGUUUCUCCUGUCGGAAUUCCCGAAAACCCUAAUGGCACAGAAACCUUAAAAACUCUUGUUGGUCGCACUAUGUCUAAUAUUAUAAUUAAGUUAUGGGAUUCUGAUAUUACACCACAACUGAUUAUGAGAUGGGCUGGUCCUUUUGGUCCUUCGUUGGUCAAUAGAUAUACGACUCGUCGAUUUUCACAUCUUGAUGAGCAAGAUCGAUUUGAUUUGCAUGAUUAUCUUUAUCACAUAUCUUCCGCACCUGGAAGCGGUGAAUUUGCUUUAUCAAGGAUUCUUGCUCCAGGUGCUUUUGCGCGAAAACCAUUGAUUAAUCGUUUGCCAAAUUUGAAAAUGCCAGCUACUUUUAUGUAUGGAGAAUAUGAUUGGAUGGAUUACCGUCCCGCAGUAGAAGCCGGAAAUAAUAUGAAAGUCCCGACAAAAGUCCUUAGAAUUCCAGACGCUGGUCAUCACUUGUACCUUGAUAAUCCUAUUGAGUUUAAUAAAGCUGUGGUUAAAGAAAUGUUAGAAACGUUAGAC